AUGCAACAUUUCAAACAAUAUCUUACGAGAUAUUAUACAUGGUUUCGUCAUAGCAACGAAUUAGAACCAACGUUUGCUUUCUGUAAUGAUAUUUUGGUGCAAAAUGUUGAUGGCGCUGAGCGCUUAUGGGAUAUUCAGGAUAUCGUCAAGAAGUUCCGGUUCGCGUGGGGUGUGCCGAAAAUUAGAACUUGUCAAGCGAAGAAAGUGACACGUAAAUUUGAUAAGCAUAGAACGUUAGAACUCAAAACGAAACUAGUGACCUGUCAUAUUUGUGGCAGUUAUCAUGAUUACGACAAAAUAUGCGCAACUUGCUACAAGAAAAUACAAGAAUUGACCAACUUGAUGAAAUCCAAAAUUAUGGCCUACAAUCCUUAUAUUGGAGAAAAACAAUCAACAAAUGUGAAAUUUGAAGAUGAUCCACGUCCUGACUCCAGUGAGACAGACCAAAAUAAUGAAGACGCUAAAGUUUCGACCGACCGAACAGAGAGAAAACGAAUUGUUGAGUUAGGAAUUCCACGACCAACAUGGUUUAAGCCCAAAUUUAUAGACAAUUCUGUUACGAGUAAACAGUAA